AUGCAAAGUACUUAAAAUUAAGAAGAAUAGAUAUAAAUCGACUAAAUUCCAGAGCCCAAAAAAUAUGAAUUUAAGUAUUUUUCUAUCUUAGAAAAAGAGGUUUGGUGUCCAUAAGAAUUAAGUGGGUUUAAAGUUAUAACAAUAAUUAAAUGUAAAUGGCGGAGACGUAUUUUCUUUAAGAUACGAUUAAGAUGAUCAAUAUCUUGCUGUUGGGAUGUCAGAAGGAUUAAUUCAUCUUUAUAAUUAGAGUAUAUAUAUGAUUUAAAAAUAAUAGAUAAACAUACACAUACCUUGGAGUAAUUCUAAACACCAGUAACUGCUUUAAGAUGGAGGCCAAAUUAUGGUCUUAAGGCUAAAGGAAUAUUGGUAUCAGCAAAUGCAGAAGGACAUAUUAUACAUUGGCAUGCACAUUCAGGAAAAUAAUUACACAAAAUUGUAGAAGAGAAUAACAGUGUUUUAUGUUUGGACUUUAAUUUUGAUGGAAGUUUAUUUGCCACAGGAGGAAAAGAUUUCUGUAUUAGAAUUUAUGAUGAUGAUAUAAAAAGUGUAUAGCAUCAAUAUUAAUAAGCUGAUUGGUAUCUUUUUUUAAAAUAAUUAGGGGAUAGAGAGGCCAUGCUAAUAGAGUAUUUGUAGUAAAGUUUAUACCAGAUUAACCAAAUAUACUAAUAUCUGGGGGAUGGGAUGCCAAUGUCUUAAUUUGGGAUAUAAGAGAGAAGUAAUGUGUAGGUUAAUUUUAUGGGCCAUCUCUAUCAGGAGACUCACUUGAUUUUUCAGUGAAAAGAUAAUAGAUUUUAACUGGGUCACAUAGAACAGAAAAUUAAGUAUAAUUAUGGGAUUGGAGAACAAGAAAACUUUAUUAAGAAAUAUUUUGGACUGGAUCUUAAUCUGAUGAAAAUAGAUCAUAUUAUAUAUAUGCAACUUAGUUUAAGUAAUUAUUUAAUUAAAAUUUAGCAAAGCAAAUGAGGACUAUAUUUAUGCUGGCAGUUCAGGAGUUCAUGAAAUCAAACUUUUUAGUUUGAAAGAUGGUCAAGCCAAGGCUUCUAUUUUGGGGUUACCAAAAGGUAUACUUAGUAUUGAUUAAAUGAAUACAACUGAUUCAAUUAUAUUUAGUGGUAUGGAAGGUGUUGUUAACAUAUUUAAGGCAUGAAUUAAAAUAAAUAAUUA